AGGGAUUGCGGAGGUGGUUUCACUACCAAGAUGGCGGCGAGCGGCGCACGCCAGGCUGCUGCUGCAGCCAGCACCUCUGUGAAGCCCAUUUUCAGCCGGGACAUGAACGAGGCCAAGCGGAGAGUGCGCGAGCUCUACCGCGCCUGGUACCGGGAGGUGCCGAACACUGUGACCCUAUUCCAGCUAGACAUCCCUGUAAAACAGGGGCGGGAUAAAGUCCGAGAAAUGUUUAUGAAGAACGCCCACGUCACAGACCCCAGGGUGGUUGAUCUUCUGGUGAUUAAGGGAAAGAUGGAACUGGAGGAAACAAUUAAAGUGUGGAAGCAGCGGACACAUAUUAUGAGGUUCUUCCAUGAAACAGAAGCACCAAGGCCAAAGGAUUUCCUGUCCAAGUUCUAUGCUGGCCAUGACCCAUAAAGCCGCUCAGUGGAAAGGUGCAUGUUAUUUAAUUAUUAGAGUACAAAUAAAUUUUCCAUAUGACAGUCA